AUUUUCGCAAAAUCAACAGGCAAACUAUGCGACGUUGCCAAAUAAUCGUCUAUAAAACCUUUUGAUUGUUGUGACGCUUGUUUUGAGGUUAGUCGUGGAAAGUCGUAAACAAACGAAUUUUUAAGAUCGCGAGAAAAAUACACAAAAAAUGUCUGAUAGUGGUUCGGACAAUGAAUCCAACCGGAGCUCCAUCUCGGCCAGACGCCCCACUGAUCCAGAUCAAAAGUCCGGCUCAAAUUCGCCGGAUUCUCCCAAGUCAAGGUCCAGAUCAGUGUCCAAGAGCCGAUCUAGGUCGCGAUCGAAAUCCAAGUCGAAAAGCCGAUCUCGGUCUAGAAGCAGAUCCAAGUCGAAGAGCACGUCCAGAUCCCCAAGUAUAGCCAAGUCCAGAUCUAGAUCCACAUCAAGGGAACGGUUCAGAAACCGAUCGCGGUCGCCUGUGAAGUCUUCAGGUCGGUCCCGGUCAAGGUCCAAGUCCGCCAGUGUUGCAAGGUCUCGGUCUGGAUCAAAAAGCAUCUCUAGAUCCCGGUCCAGAUCCAAGUCCAAGAGCGUUGCAAGAUCAACGAGCAGAUCCAGAUCUAGAAGCAGAUCAAAGUCCAAGCUCAGAUCCAAAUCGCGUUCAAGAUCCAAGUCGAAGAGCGCCGCAAGAUCAACGAGCAGGUCCAGAUCUAGAUCGACGAGCCGAUCUAGAUCCAAGCUCAGAUCAAGAUCUCGGUCAAGAUCGAAGUCAAAGAGCGUCGCUAGAUCAACGAGCAGAUCUAGAUCGAAGUCGAGAAGCAGGUCUAAAUCCAAGGCCAGGUCCCACAGCAGAUCGAGAUCGAACACCCCCAAUUUGGAAAUCGAUGAACACGUGUCGCCUAGGAGUGAGAAGCGAGACAGUUCUGUGGAGAAACCGGUGAAGAAAAAGGGGGGUUUAAUCGACUCGGAGAGUGAGGAUGAGUUUGGGGAUACUGCAGACGGUGGAGGACAAGGAGGAGGAGGAGAAGAGCAAGAUGUUAGUGCGGCGGCAAUUUUCGGCGACGCCGACGAUAUAAGCGACGACAGCGAUGACGAGAGGCAAAAGGCUGAGUCGGAUAAGGAGGCCAAAAGAAGCCGAAGCAGGAGCAGAUCUAGAAGUCGGUCGCGCAGCAAAAGCGCAGAUAGAAUAUCUGGCGAGGAAGACUUCAGACGCGUAGGCGAUGAGGAAAUCGAGAAGGAACACGAUCCCGAGCCCAUUCCAGAAACCAGAAUCGAUGUGGAAGUGCCGAAGAUUGGUUGCGAUUUGGGUAGAGACUUGAACUUUGUAAAGUUGCCGAAUUUCCUGUCAGUAGAAACCCGACCGUUCGACCCGGAAACAUACGAGGAUGAAAUUGAUGAAGAAGAGACUUUGGAUGAGGAAGGCAGAGCAAGGCUGAAGCUGAAAGUAGAAAACACGAUACGAUGGCGGGACGUUCUAGACAACGACGGAAACACCCAGAAAGAAUCCAACGCCCGCUUUGUGCGCUGGUCGGAUGGCUCGUAUAGUUUACACUUGGGCUCGGAAAUCUUCGACGUCUACCGACAACCCUUGCAGGGCGACCACAACCAUCUGUUCAUACGACAAGGAACUGGUCUGCAAGGCCAGGCGGUCUUCAGAACGAAGCUGAGCUUCCGGCCGCACUCUACUGAAAGUUUCACGCAUAGGAAAAUGACACUUUCGUUGGCUGAUAGAUCGCAAAAAACCUCUGGCAUCAAGAUACUCUCCCAAGUGGGCGUCGAUCCCGAUAACGAUCGGGCGGAGCGGCUCAAGAAAGAGGAGGAAAAACUGCGGCAGACUGCCCGACCGAAAACAGCGCGGAAGAAGAUCGAUUCUGUGGCUCGAGGUCACGCCGCUCGGGAUUCAUUUAGAGAGGAAGAUGGAAGCGAUGAUGAAGGCGCCAUUUCUAUCAGCGCCAUCAAGAACAAAUAUAAAGGCGCGGCUGCUGCUGCUGCUGCUUCUAAAGCAAACAUCUACUCGUCCGAUGAGGAUGAAUCGGAUGUGGAGACGAGGAAAGGCAGGAAGAGCGACAAGGCCAGGGCGGCCCUCAAGGAUUCAGACGAGGAGAGCGGCAGCGACUAAUUAGGAUUUAGUGUUGUCAGUACUUGUUGUUGUAAGUACUGGAAAUAGAAGUUUAAAUCUAAAAA